AUGGCACGAGUACCGAUACGACAACUUUUCAAACACAUGCUACCGGGCCUAACCGACGAACAAUGCUUCAGAAGGCUGAAGGAGAUAGAGGAAACCAUCAUGAGCCUCACAAACGCCGAAACUCCUAGCCAAGCUAUGGACCGAUACGCAAUCGAGAAACCGCGUGCUCGGCUACAAAAACUAACGGUACGUAUCCAAAAGCUGAAAGAAAGGUACGUCGCGGGAACACAGAAGGCAAACUUACAGCUCUUAGUGUUGGAUAAGCUCGAGAUAAAGAAAGGAGAACUCACUGAAGAAGUUGAGCAAAUUGACGCGGUGCACAGACAGCGAGAAAAACCGCACUCUCCAGCUCCUGAGACCGAUGACGGUCAGUAUCAAGCUGCAACACCUCCUCUGGCGGAUCCGGUGAUAAACGAAACCGAUGAAAGGACGGAGACUCCUCUCACCGAGCAACUUGAAACAGAUCAUCAUGGGGUUUCCGAACCGGGCGUCACAGAAGAAAGGGUCAAGUCCCUUAUUCAAGAGUUUGCCGACUCAAAGGUUCAACCUUUACAGGGAAAACUCAAGAAAGCCGUGCGCCAAACACUCUUGCUCGCCGAAAAGACAAGGGAUGAUCUCAUAAAGGCAGAGGACCGGAUCGCAGUCAUCGAAGCCGACUACCGGGACGAAACGGUCUUGCGCAACAAUCAUCUUCGGCGAACCGAGGACUUGGAAGAAAAGACCUCAAGGAUAGUGGAUGACUUAGAUCAGCUUGAAAGGGAAACCGAGCAACGAUUCACAGAGGUCGAUGAGGACCUAGUCGGCUCGACUCUUGACAGGGUGGCUGAGAUGUUAAAUGCCAAGAUCAAUGCUGACAUAGCGGUUGAGGAAGCCAACGCCCGAGCGGCUAAGGAAGUUCAGGAUGCGCUGGACGAAGAAGCGCGGAGAGAGAAGGAGACACCGCGUCUGACCGAAGAAGAAAUAGCCGAGCGAGAACGAAACACAGCGGCUAGAUAUCCGGGACUUGCGAAGUCCAUAGUAGUUCAAGCGGCCAAAGAUGCAGAGCGGUUAAACGCACAAAAACAAGGGCUCGAAGAAUAUGCCAAGGCACACAAGAAGAAAAAGGCAGCUUCCUCCUCUUCGGUUCCGGCAAAACGAAAGCGGAAAAUAUCAAAGAAGGCUCAGGUAGCCGGGCUGCUGGAAAGGAUCACCGAAACGGUCAUUGACACUGAACCGAACCCAGCCAUGCACACCGAGGAUGAAGCCGAAGAGCAUCUCGAGCCGCGGUCUACAAGACAGCGAGUUCUACAAGCGGUUCCAAUCAGCACGGGUAGUCAACCGCAAGCUGAAGGUUCAUCGUCAAGACCGGAUGAGGAAGAACCGACCGAUGAUAUGAUGGACGGCUUCAGAUUCUCCAAAUCAGAAUAG